CUGUAUGGGGAAACUUUGUGAAUAUGAGGUCUCUUCAAGAAAAUGGGGAUCAGAAGGUGGAAAGUAAAAUAGAGGAGGCUAUUGCACCUCUAAGGGAGAAAAUCAAAGAUUUAGAAAAAAGUUUCACCCAGAAAUACCCACCGGUGAAAUUUUUAUCAGAAAAGGAUCGUAAAAGAAUCCUGGAAAAGAAAUGUGGAGCACUGGAUUGGUCAUGAGAACUUCGAACUGAUAAAUCACGAUGUCGUUGAGCCCCUGUACAUUGAAGUGGACCAGAUCUAUCAUCUAGCAUCUCCUGCUUCUCCUCCAAAUUACAUGUAUAAUCCUAUAAAAACAUUGAAGACCAACACUAUUGGGACAUUAAACAUGCUGGGGUUAGCCAAACGUGUUGGAGCACGGCUGCUGCUGGCCUCUACAUCAGAGGUAUAUGGAGAUCCUGAAGUUCACCCUCAAAAUGAGGAUUACUGGGGCCACGUGAAUCCAAUAGGUCCAAGAGCCUGCUAUGAUGAAGGAAAGCGGGUUGCAGAGACCAUGUGCUAUGCAUAUAUGAAGCAGGAAGGAGUUGAAGUGAGGGUUGCCAGAAUAUUCAAUACUUUUGGGCCUCGAAUGCAUAUGAAUGAUGGUAGAGUUGUCAGUAAUUUUAUCCUACAAGCCCUCCAGGGAGAACCACUAACAGUCUAUGGACCUGGAACUCAGACAAGAGCUUUCCAGUAUGUCAGUGAUCUUGUGAAUGGGUUGGUGGCGUUAAUGAACAGCAAUGUCAGCAGUCCUGUCAACUUGGGAAACCCAGAAGAGCACACUAUCCUGGAAUUUGCCCAGUUAAUUAAAAAACUUGUUGGCAGUGGGAGUGAAAUCCAGUUUCUCUCAGAAGCACAGGAUGACCCUCAGAAACGAAAACCUGACAUCAGAAAAGCCAAGUUACUGCUUGGCUGGGAACCUGUGGUCCCCUUGGAAGAAGGUUUGAAUAAAGCAAUUCACUACUUCCGUAAAGAACUCGAGUAUCAGGCGAACAAUCAGUAUAUUCCCAAACCAAAACCCGCAAGGAUGAAAAAAGGAAGAACAAGACAUAACUGAAGACUAUUAGUUGGACAGGAAAUUCCCUGCUUGACAUUUGACGGAUGUAAUUUUUUUUUUCUUCUUGUUUUUUUUGAGAGAGACUUUGAAACAGGUAUCAUGAAGAACAAACUGGAAUUUCAUUCUGAAGCUUGCUUUAAAGAAGUGGAUGUGCCUAAAAAUAACAAACAAAUAUUCCCCUUCCCCUGCAAAUCUUGCCUUGCACUUUUUAAAUCUGUCUUUUUAUGUAAAAAUAGAGUAGAAGCAUCUUUUAGUAUCUUCAAGUUUUAUAUCUUGCUGUGAGAUCAUUUUGUUGUGACUGUCCUUGACAGUUUUAUUUACUGGUUUCUUUGUGAAGCUGAAGAUAAACACAAACAGGAUGGAAAAUGCCAAUUUAUUUAUAAAAUGGGUACUAUAAAAUAUGAGAUGUUCUACUAUGCAUAAGAAAAAAGCUAGUGGUAUUGUCAGGUGAGAGACACUGACAUCUAAGUAUAGAGGAGUUUAAAAGAAUUCUGUAUGAGAGCUUUAUGUAUUCUUUAAAGGAGAGAUUUUUUCAAAGGUUUAGUUUUAGUUGUACACUUGAAUUUGAGAUAUUUUCAUUGAUUACCAUGGAUAAGGAUAUUUUGAAUCACUACUGUGUUGUGCGUACUCUGGGAAUAAAGUUAAUGUAUUAUUGGUUACAGUGGUUGAAUAUGCUAUUUUAAUAAAAUAUUGAAACUUCUAUUUA